GGGGCCAAGGCGGCUCAGGGCUCCGACACUAGCCGGGGCUCGGGCUUUCCCGGGCCCCCGGGGAUGGCCCUCCAGCCUGCGCAGGGAGACUGUAUCGCCGCCCAGUGGGGCCGCGGCGCGGGGAACGCAGGUAACCAUGAGAUCUGACCACAAUAUCAUCCACUUAGCAAGCCAUCCUUCAAAGUAGGUGUCCUGCUUGAAGUCAGAGAGGCUGUGACAUUGACCAGAAGAAAAGGACAGACAGCUUCAGAUUCCAGCCUGCUUCCUAAACUUUAACGCCAAAAGGAAAAAGAAGGUGGAAGAGAUACACCAGGCACUGAACAGCAAUCCUGCUGAUGUGGCUGCCCUCCGACGCAUGGCUAUCAGCGAGGGAGGGCUCCUGACUGAUGAGAUCAGGUGCCAAGUAUGGCCUAAGCUCCUCAGUGUCAACACCAAUGAGCCGCCACCUGUAUCAAGGAAGGACCUGCGGCAGAUGAGCAAGGACUACCAGCAAGUGCUGCUGGACGUCAGACGGUCUCUCCGGCGCUUCCCUCCUGGCAUGCCAGAUGAGCAGCGAGAAGGACUCCAGGAAGAACUCAUCGACAUCAUCCUCCUCAUCUUAGAGCGCAACCCACAGCUCCACUACUACCAGGGCUACCAUGACAUCGUGGUCACCUUCCUGCUGGUGGUGGGAGAGAAGCUGGCAACAUCCCUGGUAGAAAAAUUAUCUACCCACCAUCUCAGGGAUUUCAUGGAUCCCACAAUGGACAACACCAAGCACAUCCUAAAUUACCUGAUGCCCAUUAUUGACCAAGUAAACCCAGACCUCCAUGAUUUCAUGCAGAGUGCUGAGGUGGGGACCAUCUUUGCCCUCAGCUGGCUCAUCACCUGGUUUGGGCAUGUUCUCUCAGACUUCAGGCAUGUUGUGCGGUUAUAUGACUUCUUCCUGGCCUGCCACCCACUCAUGCCCAUUUACUUUGCAGCUGUGAUCGUGCUAUACCGAGAGCAGGAAGUGCUCGAUUGUGACUGUGACAUGGCCUCGGUCCACCACCUACUGUCCCAGAUCCCUCAGGACCUGCCCUAUGAGAUGCUCAUCAGCAGAGCCGGAGACCUCUUCGUUCAGUUCCCCCCUUCCGAACUGGCCCGGGAAGCAGCCGCCCAGCAGCAGGCUGAGAGAACGGCAGCCUCUACCUUUAAAGACUUUGAGCUGGCAUCGGCCCAGCAGAGGCCGGAUAUGGUGUUGCGGCAGCGGUUUCGUGGACUCCUGCGGCCUGAGGCCAGAACAAAAGAUGUCCUGACCAAACCAAGGACCAACCGCUUUGUGAAACUGGCAGUCAUGGGGCUGACGGUGGCACUUGGAGCAGCGGCACUAGCGGUGGUGAAGAGUGCCCUGGAGUGGGCCCCUAAGUUCCAGCUGCAGCUAUUUCCCUAGUUCAGCCUGAGGAGCCACCUCCUCACCCAGUGCACCAAGCUCUCCCCUUUUCGAGGAAGGUGCAAGAGGGUGGAAUUGCUGUGAUUAAAGGGUUUCUGUCCAGGGUGUUCUGUCCCUGCCAACUUUGCCUGCCUGUCUCUUGGCCUUGAAGGCUAGUGGCAGAGCUGCCCGACACUGAGCCUAGUGGACCUGAGUGUGCUGUCACCUCCCUUCCUGUUGGAGGAAGUGGCUCUAGAGCUCCCAGCUACCCCGCUGCCCAGUUGAAAGCUGAGCCUGGGAUGCCCUCCUCACAGCAACAUGAUCUGUGUAUUUGACAAAGCCGGCAGGUGCUUGAAAGCCAGUGGAGCCAGAUGGGCCCUUCCUAAGAGCAGUUCUAUUAGCUGGUCAGGAUCAGCACAACAGACAGAAACUGGGUUCUAGUUAAAUCCUAUUUCCAGCCUAGAAAUCAUGUGGGUAUUCCCAUCUAGGUCAAAGGAAUAUUAAUCACUUGAGGUUUUGCCUUUUUUCCAUUCUUUGUCUUCUCCAACCCACAUUAUCCAUACAGACAUUUUAAUACUAUUUUUAUGGUUAUAUAAUCUAACAUGUAAGGCACUAUCACUUUAAAAAUUUAUUUUAUUGGCAGGCGUGGUGGCGCAUGCCUUUAAUCCCAGCACUUGGCAGGCAGAGGCAGGUGGUUCUCUGUGAGUUCGAGGCCAGCCUGGUCUACAUAGCGAGUUGCAG